AUGGCAAUCCUCGCUCUCCCGCUAGUCAUCUCAGCUCUCAAGCCCCACCACUCUUCCCGCCUCUUCCUCCUCCGCUCCGCCCCCACUUCCCGUCUCCUCCGCCACUUCUCCAACACCUCCGUCUCCGCAAUCAGCACCACCUCUGCGCUUCCUCACCAAUCCUCCACUGCCCCAAUUCCCGAGGCCAGCAACAAAGCCUCAGUCCUCACUUUCCAACAAGCCAUUCAACGCCUCCAGGAAUAUUGGGCUUCAGUUGGAUGUGCUAUAAUGCAAUGCAGCAACACAGAGGUCGGAGCCGGGACUAUGAAUCCCUUGACUUUCCUGAGGGUGCUUGGUCCUGAACCGUGGAAUGUAGCGUAUGCGGAGCCUAGUAUCCGGCCAGAUGACAGUCGUUACGGGGAAAACCCGAAUAGGCUCCAGAGACACACUCAGUUUCAGGUUAUAUUGAAGCCUGAUCCUGGAAACUCGCAAGACCUUUUUAUCCGCAGCUUAUCAGCUCUAGGUAUUGAUGUUCGUUCUCAUGAUAUACGAUUUGUGGAGGACAACUGGGAGAGUCCGGUGCUUGGAGCUUGGGGUUUGGGUUGGGAAAUCUGGAUGGAUGGGAUGGAGAUCACACAGUUUACUUACUUUCAGCAGGCUGGAAGUCUUCAAUUGUCACCAGUAUCUGUAGAAAUCACUUAUGGUCUUGAGAGAAUCCUCAUGUUGCUUCAGGGAGUCGAUCAUUUUAAAAAAAUUCAAUAUGCUGAUGGAAUUACAUAUGGCGAGCUAUUCUUGGAGAAUGAGAAGGAAAUGAGUGCGUACUAUCUAGAGCAUGCUGGUGUGCAUCAUAUUCAAAAACAGUUUGAUCUUUCUGAGGAGGAAGCUCGUUCCCUGCUUGCUUCAGGCCUAGCAAUACCGGCGUAUGAUCAACUUCUGAAAACAUCACAUGCUUUCAAUAUAUUGGACUCUAGAGGCUUUGUUGGGGUAACAGAGCGUGCUCGCUAUUUUGGUCGGAUGCGUAGUUUAGCACGUCAGUGUGCACAACUUUGGUUAAAGACCAGGGAGUCCCUUGGUUAUCCAUUGGGUGUUGUUUCUGAGACUGCUGAUCUUGUAUGUCCUAAAGAGCUUGUGGAGGCAGCAGUCAAGAAGGUGCAUGAUACUGCAAGGUCAUUUGUUCUCGAAAUUGGAAUAGAAGAGAUGCCACCUCAAGACGUAGUUGAUGCAAGCCAGCAACUGAAGGAUCUAGUAACACAGUUACUAGCAAAGCAAAGAUUGGGCCAUGGUGAAGUGCAAGCUUUCGGCACACCUCGCAGACUUGUGGUAUGUGUUGAAAAUCUCUGCACUAAACAAAUGGAGAAUGAGGUUGAGGUUCGAGGGCCUCCAGUCUCAAAAUCUUUUGAUGAUCAAGGAAAUCCUACAAAGGCUGCCGAGGGUUUCUGCCGGAGAUACUCUGUACCAUUGAACUCAUUAUAUCGAAAGACUGAUGGAAAAACAGAAUAUAUUUAUGCUCGAGUAGUAGAGUCUGCUCGACAUGCUUUGGAGGUUUUGUCUGAGGACUUGCCCAAUGCAAUUGCUAGAAUAUCAUUUCCAAAAUCAAUGCGCUGGAACUCUCAGGUUUUUUUUAGCAGACCUAUUCGUUGGAUAUUAGCACUCCAUGGAGAUGUAGUUGUACCCUUUACUUUUGCUCAAGUUUUGAGUGGAAACCUCUCUUAUGGUCUUCGUAACACUCCUUCUGCUACUGUCACGGUCAAAACUGCAGAAUGUUAUGCUGGUGUAAUAAGGAAUGCGGGAAUCAAUAUUGAAAUGGAGGAACGUAAGAAAACAAUAAUGGAGUGUUCUAGUACAUUGGCCAGAAGUGUAAAUGGAGAAGCAUUUAUUCCAGAGGGCUUGCUUAAUGAGGUUGUAAAUCUUGUUGAGGCACCUGUUCCAGUCCUUGGGGAGUUUAAAAGGUCUUUCUUAGAGCUUCCUAGCGAUCUUCUGACUAUGGUUAUGCAGAAGCAUCAGAAGUACUUUUCUGUGAGGGAUGAGAAUGGAGAGCUGUUGCCUUUCUUCAUUGCUGUGGCAAAUGGGGCAAUUGACGAGAUGGUGGUUAGAAAAGGAAAUGAAGCUGUAUUGAGAGCACGCUAUGAAGAUGCUAAAUUUUUCUAUGAGAUGGAUACACGGAAAAGAUUUUCAGAAUUUAGACGUCAACUGAAAGGGAUUCUUUUCCAUGAGAAAUUAGGAACAAUGCUGGAGAAGGUGCUGCGUCUUGAGAAUAUGGUUGACAAACUGACUUUGGCCCUUGGAAUGGAUGACAGUACAAAUAAAAUUGUCCAGCAAGCUGCAUCCCUUUCUAUGUCAGAUCUAGCUACAGCAGUUGUCACAGAAUUUACGUCUCUUUCAGGAGUAAUGGCUCGUCACUAUGCUCUUAGAGAUGGCCAUUCAGAGCAGGUUGCAGAGGCUUUGUUUGAGAUUACACUUCCUAGAUUUUCCGGAGAUACACUUCCUAAAACUGAUGCAGGCAUAGUUCUGUCAGUAGCUGACAGAUUAGAUAGCCUUGUCGGCUUAUUUGCUGCUGGUUGUCAGCCCAGUUCUACCAAUGACCCAUUUGGCCUGCGACGAAUCUCUUAUGGUCUUGUCCAGGUGUUGGUGGAAAAAGAUAAGUAUCUGGAUUUACAACAAGCUUUGGAACUUGCAGCAGAUGUGCAACCCAUAAAAGUUGAAGCCCCUACUAUAAAAGAUGCACAUCAAUUUGUUACUCGGAGAUUAGAACAAUAUCUGGUUGAUAAGGGAAUAAGUCCAGAAGUGGUUCGAUCAGUUCUUGCAGAGCGUGCAAACUUACCUUGUCUAGCAGCAAGGACUGCUUGUAAAAUGGAAGCCUUAUCAAAAGGCAAGCUUCUGCCAAAAGUUAUUGAAGCGUAUUCUCGUCCUACAAGAAUUGUCCGAGGAAAGGAUGUGGACCCUCAUUUUGAGGUGGAUGAGGCAGCCUUUGAGACAGAUGAAGAGAGAGCUCUAUGGAUUUGUUUCUUGUCAGUCAAAGAGGAAAUAUGCCACGGUAUUGAGGUCGAUGAGUUUGUCAAAAUAUCAGCACAGCUAGUACAACCACUUGACAAUUUCUUUGAACAUGUGUUUGUAAUGGUGGAAGAUGAAAGAAUUCGAAAUAACAGGCUUGCUUUGCUGAAGAAAGUUGCUGACCUUCCAAGAGGAGUAGCGGACCUAUCAAUGUUGCCUGGAUUUUGAAUCGUCCGUUACAUUUUUCUUUCUUCUUUUUGCCGAAGGAAAAAGAAACUUACAAACCAGAACCCCUACAACCCCCACUCCUGUUCUUACUGAGUUCAUCAUAGUAAAGGAAUAUCAAUUUUUGCUGUAGAGAAAAAUAUGUGAAGAGGAAGAACCAAAGAAAGGUACGACAGCUAACUAGCUUGUUAUUGUUAGGAAUGGGAAAUUAAAGAGUGGAUGGUUGUUGUGCGACUCCAUUUUUGCAGUUAAGUUAUGUAAGUUACUGACUUGUAUGUAAAAGCAGAGGUGGGAGUUACCUACAUGGUACAGAGAGAAAAGAGAGAAAAGAGAGAAAAAGGUAUAUGGUUGUAAUUACAAUAGUUUAUCAUUCAGCUAUUGGAAGUGUGUAGUCACAACUCA